AUACGUUGUAGGUUCUAUUCACAUCCCCGCUCUUAAGUUUUUCAAAUGAAAGGUGAAAAGAAUGGAUAUUUCCUGAUAUAGCAAAAAUGAGAUCCAGAACUAGAUUUGAAAAACUGCACGUCUCACAAUACCAUAUUUCACUACCUUGUAAAAUGGUAGAUGUUAAAGUGCAAAUAAUAAUUUUGACUCUGUUUGUAUCCCUUUCACUUAACAAAUAAAUGUGGAAUCUGACUGUUGCGAUCCUGUUAAUUCCAAUUCUGAUUCCAAAGAGGUACUUGCUAGCUUCCCUUGUGUAGAUGAGCUAUUGAAUAAAUGUUUGCACUCAUGUCCACCGGUUUGAUACAGAUUUGAAUCCUGAUACCAGGUCUGCAUGAAAUGAUCAAGCCAUGCCUUUGUGACUUCCUUUCCAACAACAUCAAUGCAAGAACCUUACAACCUUCUAAAGCUUGUAGAUACCAAGGUUAAAAUAUAAUUGCUUUCUUCAUGACACCACCAGAGGUUAACUUAAUAUUAUACACUCUCUUUAACCUUGUUUAAUGGAUGUUGCUUUGUUUCCAUAUGUUUCAAUUCAUUGGGAUUGCCACUGAUAUUUUCUGCAGUGAUUUCUUUAUCUCUUUUGGAUGUUUUUGGGGGCACCAUCAACACAUCAUUAUUUUCCAUCCUUCUAUUCAGAAUGCCAGUUUUGUUCCCGGUGCAGCUCAGGCAAAAAUGUUAGCAUUUUCUUUGUAAUCCUGUUCAUGGAACCACCUUCAGUAAGUAUCGACGAUUAAUAAAGUUGAUUAUGCAAAUACUUAUUUAAAGUAGUGGUACAUGUUCACUAAUUAUGUAUAUCAAAGAGGAGGACGCAAGAUUUUAUACAGGUUUAAGUCUCUCUUAGAAUAAUAGCCCUAAAUCCUAUUCUGCAUUAAUUAAUUUCAAGAAAAUACAAUUAUAAUAGGGUGUGUUUAGAUCUAACCCUGAGGAUUUUGACGAGUUCUCUCGUGUUCUAAAUCCUGAAGCUAUUGUCGGAAAAAUCUAAUUGUGGCUUGAAUUUGUUGUGGUUCUCAAUGGGUUGUUUCUGCUUUUAUAUGACUAGGCUUGCUACAUAUUGUGUGUCUAGCUUCCAACCUCACAUCCCUCGAUCCCCAUGGAUGUACCCCUCCUCUCCUUAUAUAGUCGGGUCGGGAGACGUAUUGUACUCGGAGUCUUUUAAGUGUAACAUUUCCAAUUCAAUAGCUACAGUAACCUGAUGACAGUUGUAUUACUUCCGGAUAUCUAGAUAACUUCUUCCUAACCGGGGGAUGGUUUUCAUGUGGAACACGAUGAACUGCCUGAAAUAUUAGCACGUGCUUUAUUUACCACAUGAUAGCUACAAAGCCUACUGUAUCAGAUGAAUGACACAUGUACGAUGGUGAUUUAUCUUUAGGAUAUACCGUAUUUCUAGUAAAUCCUUAAUUAUUAAUUAUUAAAUCCUCAUCGGUAGACUUUAGUUUUAUUAAAUCCUCUUCCCUUACUGCACUACUUUCCUUUCUUUUAAAAAAAUAAAAUCGGAAUAUUUUCCAGCAUCACCUCGGCUAGUCAUUAUUUUGCAUCCUUCUAUUUCAGAAUUCUAGUUUUGUUCCCAGUGCAGCUCCGGUUAAAUUCCUCAGCUUUUUCCUUGUAAUCAUGUUCACGAAAUCCCCUUCAUUAGGCUUCAGUCUUUGUAAAGCGAAGGUUCUUCCCUUAAUACACAAGGAAAGCUCUUCCUCAUUAAUCUCCAACAUAUGGUACCAUGAAACAACAAAGAAAAAGGAAUGAGAACAUGCACUUGGCCCCUUCAAAUCUCAUGGAAUCUACUGCUUAAAUUUCCUUUUGUCCCUUUAGAAAUCAUGCCCAUGCAUGCAAAUCAGCAGCAGAAUCCCAUGGUUUCCUGGCCUUCAAGUCAUUCUCCUCAAUAUUCUAUUGUAUUCAUAAAGGUCCCUGUACUGGUUGUACAAUCUAAGAACUGAGUGCAGAUGCUGGUAUAAUCGUUUAUAACCUACUUUGCUUCAAGCAUGUUGAAAUAAUUGCAAUACCACCUUGGUAAACAAUCUGCAUGCAUGAUUCUUAAGCAUGCUAAAGUUCACUAAUUUCUUUUUAUUCAGUGGCAUGAGUAUCAAAUGUCAGUAGUAAAUUGUGUUAAUUAGAACCAAGUUAGUCAAAUUGAGACCAUAUGGCCAGAUGAUCCAGUAGUGUCCUCUGGUAAGUGCAAAACGCAUCUCUAGCUAAACAUUGGACCUUUGCGCCUCUUUCCUUGCCACCUCCUUGUCAUGGCUAUAAAUAUGAACCAUAGUGAGCAGCACCCUGGGGGACUUUCUGGGUACACGUCUUGUUUAGUGAUCCGGGUGAAAUCGAGCCCUUUUUCCAUGAACAGUGGCUGCUUUCCUGUCGAUACGUCUGCUCUUCACUCAUACUCUCGUUAUAUUCCCUAGACACUCGAACACGGGGGACGAGUGCUGAGUGAUAAGCAGGAACUGUUUUAUUCAUCUGCAAUCUCUCAGCUCUGUUUCAGUCAUGAAGAGAAAGGAGCUGAUCAUGCACGGCCUUCUGAUUAUUGGAUGGUUGAUAGCCUCUGCUGCCGGCGUCGCACAAGAGAAGGCGGAGUCGGCGACGCCGAUCCCGACACUGUCCCCGCCGGAAGGCAACACGACGUUCGUCAACGGCGUGACGUGGUGCGUGGCCCGGCCGGGCGCCUCCCAGGAGGACCUCCAGAAUGCGCUGGACUGGGCGUGCGGCCUCGGCGGCGCCGACUGCUCCCAGCUGCAGCCGGGCGGCCGGUGCUACCAGCCGGACACGCUCCUCUCCCACGCCUCCUACGCCUUCAACAUCUUCUACCAGCAGAACGGCAACUCCGACAUCGCCUGCAACUUCGGCGGCGCCGGAGCCGUCGUCAAGAGGGACCCAAGCUUUGGGGCAUGCAAGUUCCUGGCAUCUGAGACCUCUGCUGCUUCCUCGCCGAUGUUCGGAAGGACGUGGAUGACCAUCGUCGCUGCGUCUCUGAUCGCUGAGAUCUUAGAAUUCUCGUUUCUGUGAUUCUGCGUCUGAUCGAGCAGUUGAUGCUUCGGAAGAAUGUGAUGCAAACCAAAGAUGAGUGUCACGGUGCUACUUUUUUCGUGUAAAAUAAAUUUCGUUGAAGAGCAUGUAUUACCUAUGUUUAGAAAUAAAAAUCAUAAUAGUUAGCAAGAGGUCAUCAGGAUUUAAUUCACAUUUUCUCCUUUUGUUUGAGGAGAUAAUACUUUUUGCAAAUCGUU